AUGGCAACCUCUGCCCUCCUGCUCCUCCUGGCACUGCCUGCAGGGGCCUGGCCCGGCCUGAGGCUGCCCCAGCGGUCCUGUGUGCACUGCUGCCACCCAGCCUGGCCCCCGGCCGCCCCCGGCCUGCACGCCCACUUGAGUAAUGAGGAGGAGUGGGUGUGGCUGCCCCGUGUGCGGCCCACCAUUGACAUCUCAAUCCUCAAAGGUGAGAAGGGCGAGGCGGGGGUCAGAGGUCGCACUGGCAGGAGUGGGAAGGAGGGCCCACCGGGCUCCCGGGGCCUCCGGGGCUGCAAGGGCCAGAAGGGGCAGGCGGGACCACCGGGCGCCCGGUGCCAGCGCGCCUACGCGGCCUUCUCGGUGGGUCGACGAGAGGGGCUGCACAGUGCCGACAACUUCCAGGCCGUGACCUUCGACACGGAGCUGGUGAACCUGGACGGCACCUUCGACCUGGCCUCGGGCCGCUUCCUCUGCUCCGUGCCCGGCGUCUACUUCCUGAGCCUCAACGUGCAUACCUGGAAUUACAAGGAGACGUACCUGCACAUCAUGUGCAACCGGCGGGCUGCGGCCGUGCUGUACGCGCAGCCCAGCGAGCGCAGUGUCAUGCAGACGCAGAGCCUGCUGCUGCCGCUGGCAGCCGGCGACGCCGUCUGGGUGCGCAUGUUCCAGCGCAACCGAGACAACGCCAUCUACGGUGAGCACGGCGACCUCUACAUCACCUUCAGUGGCCACCUGGUCAAGCCGGCUGCCGAGCUCUAG